AGGCGGAUGAACAGAAAAAAACGCCUGCCAUUUCCCGCAUUUUGAAACGACGUGCAAUCGACAGUGUUUUAAGAGCAUCGUCCCCUGCAUACCUACUAGAUAGUUAACCCUGUUGAAUAUAAGGUGCUUCCUCCCGGAGAAGAAGGAGACUUCUUGAAUAAACCCGCACAGAAUUCGGUCGUCAUUUUGUUAAGCUAUUUGCUGCAUCCUCAGCGCAGCCUUCAAGAGCCAGAAAUGGUUAAUUUCUAUCUCUGCAUAACCACAGGAUACAGCAAAUGUGAUCAGCAUGUGAUUUUAAGCGAAGCCUAGGAUGCCUCGGUGGCGAAGACCCUGGAAGGCCUAGUAUUGGAGAAGGAAAUGAGGCCUUGGCAUCUCAAAACUGCCUGGUGCCAUCCUGAAAGUGGGCAUCAUUAUGGAAGCAGAUGCAAUGAAUCGUGAUGUUCUGAAAUUGCACCCACUUCAAAUGGCCUGUAGGGAGGUCAAGGAGCAGAGUGACUUGCUUUCCUUUCCCAAUAUAAUUUCCAGGGCUUUCAGAAGAAUUAUAGUGAAAAGUCGUCCCAACUGCUACCGUUCCAUCCUCCGUUACUGGAUUCCACCCUGUCAGUCACCCCAGGAUAGUGGAGCGCGCCUUUGCACCGGCCCUGAGGCGCCUGCGCAGUUGCCGUGAUGUAGGCUGGGGCGGUUCCUCCUGCCGGCUUUGCUCCGCCGUUCAGUUCUCCGCCCCCUCCGCGGAAUCGCCCUCGUCACCGCCGCCUUCAGCCGGGAGAGAGGAACGGAAGAGGCGCGCCUCCUCUUUUCCCUCCACGACGACAACAGCAGCAGCAGCAGCAGCAGCGACACCCUCCCGAGGGAGCGACUCUGGGUAAGGGGCGACGGAGGCGAGGCUCCCUCUCCCGCCGGGGGCGCUGUCUUGCCCGGAGUGCGAAGUGGAGGUGAUGUGCUAAAGAGAAAAAAGGAGAAAAGGAGCGUUGUGAAUGUUUCCAGAUGAAGAACAACAAAUAACACAAACCAUGGAAAAUGUACUGAAAAAUUUUGACAAAGGCCCGCAAGAAAGUAUUUCUGAUUUUGUGGAUUUGAGUGGCAAUUGCCAACAAUCUUUUGAAGAGGUUUCUGUGAACCAAAGCUCUAUGCAUCUUCCACUUGAUUCUCCCACCGCAGAAUCUUCAUCGCAAACAUCACAUUCUUUCACUGUACCUUCAGAAGAGGAUAGUGUAUUAUUCAACAAAUUGUUAUACCUCGGAUGUAUGAAAGUUUCUGCUCCCCGCAGUGAAGCAGAGGCCUUGUGUGCCAUGGCAACUUUGAAAAACUCAAAUCAUUCUCCAUCUCCUGUAACUCUUUAUGUUCCAAAUAUCCCAGAUGGUUCUGUUAGAAUAAUAGAUCAGUCCAACAGUACAGAAAUUGCUUCUUUCCCAAUCUACAAAGUGUUGUUCUGUGUCCGUGGGCAAAAUGGGACUUUGGAAUGUGACUGCUUUGCGUUUACUGAAAGUUACUCUGGCACUGAGGAGUUUCAAAUUCAUGUCUUCUCUUGUGAAAUUAAAGAGGCAGUUAGCCGAAUUUUGUAUAGUUUUUCAACAGCAUUCAAACGUUCCUCCAAACAGGCAUCAGAUAAUGUGAAGGAUGCUAUUGUUUCAAGUCCUGACAGUGAUAUAUUCAUAUUCACUGUUUCUUUAGAGGUCAAAGAAGAUGAUGGUAAAGGGAAUUUCAGUCCAGUACCAAAGGACAGAGAGAAAUUUUACUUCAAACUAAAGCAAGGCCUUGAGAAGAAGGUUGUCAUCACUAUACAGCAGAUUUCCAACAAAGAAUUGGCCAUUGAAAGGUGCUUUGGAAUGCUGCUAAGUCCAGGUCGAAAUGUCAAAAACAGUGACAUGCACUUACUGGAUAUGGAGUCUAUGGGGAAAAGUUCAGAUGGUAAAGCUUAUGCAAUAACUGGCCUUUGGAAUCCUAAUAUACCUAUCUUUUUAGUCUUAAAUGAAGAAACUCCUAAGGAUAAGCGUGUAUACAUGACUGUGGCAGUAGAUAUGGUAGUCACAGAAGUGGUAGAGCCAGUUCGUUUUCUGUUAGAGACACUUGUGCGAGUGUAUCCAGCCAAUGAACGCUUCUGGUACUUCAGCAGGAAAACUUACACAAAAACAUUCUAUAUGAAAUUAAAACAGUGUGAAGGGAAGGGCAGUAUAAAUGCUGGAGAUGCAAUCUACGAAGUCUUGAGUCUACAUUGCAAUUCUGAAAGAGAGGAAGAAGCAGUUAGUCCAUUAAGCUUUCCUGAUCAAAUUUCUUUGCAAGAGGAUGAUGCUGAAGAGGGAAGUGAUAAUGAACUCUCAAGUGGUACUGGUGAUGUAUCUAAAGAUUGCCCAGAGAAGAUAUUGUAUUCUUGGGGAGAAUUGUUGGGACGAUGGCAUAAUAAUCUGGACAUGCGACCAAAAGGUCUAUCUUCAUUGGUGAAAAGGGGUGUACCAGAAGCUUUGAGAGCUGAAGUAUGGCAGUUACUAGCAGGAUGUCAUGAUAAUCAAGUGAUGUUGGAUAAAUAUAGAAUUCUUAUCACAAAGGAAUCUUCCCAGGAGAGUGUCAUUACACGAGAUAUUCAUCGUACAUUUCCAGCACACGAAUAUUUUAAAGAUACUGGAGGAGAUGGACAGGAUUCUCUAUAUAAGAUUUGUAAGGCAUAUUCAGUUUAUGAUGAAGAAAUUGGUUAUUGUCAGGGUCAUUCCUUUCUUGCUGCUGUUCUUCUGCUGCAUAUGCCUGAAGAACAAGCCUUCUGUAUCCUAGUGAAGAUCAUGUAUGACUAUGGCCUGCGGGAGCUGUAUAAAAACAAUUUGGAAGGUUUGCGGAGAAAAUUUUAUCAGCUGGAGAAACUUAUGCAGGAGCAGCUGCCUGAUUUAUAUAACCAUUUUGUGGAACAGAAUCUUGAAGCUCAUAUGUAUGCCUCCCAGUGGUUUCUCACCCUCUUCACUGCCAAGUUUCCACUUUGUAUGGUCUUCCACAUAAUUGAUUUACUACUUUGUGAGGGUCUGAAUGUUAUCUUUAAUGUAGCCCUGGCUCUCUUAAAGACUUCCAAGGAGGAUCUUCUGCAAGCUGAUUUUGAAGGGGCUUUAAAGUUUUUUAGAGUGCAGCUGCCUAAAAGGUACAGAGCUGAAGAAAAUGCUAGAAGGCUUAUGGAACAGGCCUGCAAUGUCAAGGUGCCUACAAAGAAGCUGAAGAAAUAUGAGAGAGAAUAUCAAAUGAUGAGGGAGAAUCAGCUGCAGCAGGAAGACCCUUUGGAUCGAUACAAGUUUAUAUGUUUGUAGGUUAUACUUCUGGGAAACUGCAUGGCAUGCUGAAAAAGAAUGAGGGAUUCUCUUCUACUGACAUGCAAAGGAGGCAAAGAAUUAUAUGUUAGAGAAAGUUAUGUGUGGUUCGCUACCUUAGAUGCAUUUUGGAAGGCAAAUGCUUCCAUAAUUGACUGGCUGCACUAAAUGAAUGACUUUUUCCUCUAUGGUGCAAAUACUCUUGAUGAUUUAGUAAUAUUUAUAACAUUCUCGAUCUCAUAGACUGAGAGGCAGAGGUGGUGAAAUAAUUCAUUUUAUUGAACCACAUUUCAAUGUUAUGUUGGUUACAAGCAAGAACAAAACAGAAUUCCUUAGUAAAGUGGAACUCUAGUUUUAUUCAUUUUGUUACAUUUUUGGUCUGAACUCCCAUAACUAGUUGCAUGGAACAAAAUGGCAACCUGAAAUUGAAGUUUGAAUAGUAUUUCUAUCACUAAUCUGUUCUUCCACUCAGUUGGCAUAUGUUAUAUACAUAUGAUACUUCUAGCCUACCUUACAGGGAUGUUGUAAGGAUUAUUGCAGUAAUGUAUUUGAACCACUGAGUUGUUGAAAUGGGUUUUAUUAAGUAUUAGGACUGAACAAUUGCACUGUGUAAAACUAAUAGGUCAAAUUACUCUCAUGUUUCUUGACCUUUGGAAAUAUUGUUAUUCGUGAUAUGUAUAUGGGGCUUAGACUGGUAGACUUUUUUUAAAAAAUACCCAAAUUUAUGCCAAUUCUUUUUAGACAAGUUAAACCAAAUUUUGAGUAAUCUGGAAAAUUGGAUCUUUAAUAUAUUACAUUGAUCUAAAGCAGAAUUUGAAUUCUGGCUUAAAAUAAUGUGGACAUGAUGUUCAUAUUACAUGUCAGAUUAUAUAAUUUUAAGGUUUAUAUCUGCAUGCACAUAUAAUUUAGAGAUUUUUGUCCCUCAAAGUGAACACUGAUGUAUUGAGGCUUUGUGACUGUUGAAUUCUAUGAGAGUGAGGUUCUUUAUAGAAUGAAAAGGAAAAGGAGGGAUGAAUUAGAAUUGAAGAUGUUAAAAUUGUGACUUCAAACAUUCAGGGUUAAAUAUGUAUGGUUAUAUACAAAAGAAUGAUUCAUUGUUAUAGCCAAGGCAUUCAAAUAUGGCAAUGUUGCAGGCAAUUCUUAAGCCAAAUGAUUUUCUGUUAAAAUGUUUGAUUUUGGACUAUUACUGAUAGCAAGAGGCUCUUCUAAAUCUUGAGGGUUUAAUUAUUAUUUUUUAUAGCUCUACAUUCUUUGAAAUGAUGUAUGUUCUUAAUGAUAAAAAGAGUAGACAUAACUUUGUUAAAGGAUUUUUGAGGGGCUGGCUAUUAACUACUUUACUUUCACUUUAUGUACCAAAUAAAUUGGAAUUCACUUUUUUAUAACGAUCUGUGGUAAAAUGUAAAUAUUGACAAAAGACAAAAUGGAGAGAUAGAAUUCCAGACCGAUACUGGUGUAGAUUAUAACAAAAGGCAUGAUUUGAUAAUAAUGUUGAAGAAACUGUUAUUUCAGUUUAAAUUAAUAGAUGUAUGAGGUAAAGAAACUGCUAAUGAUUAUAGUUUCACAUUUUAUUUAUAAGUCCACAGAGUGGAGCCUGGAUAGAUUAUAUACUUGAUUCACUAAGUACAGGAUAUUUUGUGACAAUAACCAUACAGGUAAUUUGCUAUUUAAAUAUGUGUUAUAGUGGGAUGGUACUUCCCCAAACAUUCUUCAAUUUAAUGGAAGUUUAAUGUUGCCUUACAACUAGAUUAGUUCAUAUUCCAAUCAACAGGACCUAGGGAGCAACCUCUGUUCACCACUAGUUGGAACAGGCUUUGAAGGAAUGGAAAAAAACAACAACAAUAUGGUGACUCCAAUUCCCAACCCCCAGAAUUGGUGCAGAAGGAUCUGUGGUUAGCAGUAUGAAAAACCACUGAGAGAUGAAGAAGCUCAAGGACAGAUGCACCAUCUCUAUCUUGCCUACAGCACAAAUAAUUGAUAUGUAUGAUCAGGGCUCUCCCUAUACCACAUACCAGUCUGUAUCUGAUUAGAAUGAGUCCAUAAUCCACUGCCUCCAGAAUCCCCUGUUAUAUAAGAUAGCUGAGUUCAAGGACUACCAAGGCAGAAGGCAUCAACCCCUCUUUCCACAAGUGCACAUCUGUAUGAUUUUAGAAUUAGAAUUAGAAUUCUUUAUUGGCCAAGUGCGAUUAGACACACAAGGAAUUUGUCUCCGGUACAUAAGCUCUUGGUGUAUAUUUUUAUUUAUUUAUUUAUUUUAUUUAUAAUUUAAUUUAUAUACCGCCCUUCUCCUGAAGGACUCGGGGCGGUGUACAGCCAAUUAAAAACACAAUGUACGUACAACAAUAGUGACAGAUCAUUAUCAUAGUGAAAAUUUAUCUUCCAAAUAGUUAAAAUAUUCCUCACAGUGGCCUGGGAAAUGGUCCUGUGAGGCAAUCUUGAUUUCUAUAUGGUAAUCCUUGAUAUGGGAUUUUAUUCAUGUUUGAUUGCAUUCACUCCAAAUCAUCUUCCAAUGCAUAUCUACCACAUCUUUUGGCCCUUUAUCUCCCAGAGUUCUUUAAUAAAUCAAAAUAUACCCAGAACCAGGUACAGGCAAUGACCACAUAGGAGUUAUGUGAUCGAAGGCCCAGAAAUCUACCUAUUUCAAAGGCCACCAAAGCCUCAACUGAACCAUCUGCCAGAUCCCCAAGGAAGAUCCCAAACUCCCAUGGCGAGACCUCUGAUGGCAGUGGGCUGAUGGAAUAGAAUCUGUCUCUCAUAAGGAGGAAGCACAGUAACUGGAGAAUUAUCUGUCCAUGGCGAUGGACUGAUAUUAAAAUUCUGUACUACAGAUCACAUCACAAUUGCCUCAAAACAAAAGUCAGAUCAGCGUGCAGCUAUAGUAUGUGUUGGGCUGUUGAGGAUUUAGCAGAGAUUCAUGGUUGCCAUGGUGUCCACAAACUCCUGAGCUAUCCUGGACUCAGUACCACCACUCAGCAGAUUGAAAUCCCCCAGCACCCUUAGCUUUGGGGACUUUAUUGCCAGUUUGGCAGCAGAAUCUAUCAACUUGGGCAGGGAUGAUGCCUAAGAGCAGGGAGGGCAGACCCCUGGACAUAGCUCUGUUGCCUCUAUUUCAAUGAGAGGAUAAAUUGUUGAUUUUUAAGAUAGCACUUGGCUGGACCUCAGGCAUGAAGGGAUAGGCUGAAUUCAUCCAAAGGAAUGCAACCCAGUAUCAGAACAUGUUACUUGCAUACUUAUAUCCAGAAGUCUGAUAAGGACUUUUAUCCAUAUUCAAUCAAAAGCAAUGUAAAGAUGGCCCUCUAUCCUGUCAGAUUGGAUAAGUCAGGCAUUAUAUUUAUCCGAGUUGAUUUCUUCCCAGGAAUCAGAAGAAAAAUUAUAUGCUGUUAGAUUGGUUUCUAUUCUAGAUUUCUUGAUAGUAUCAAAUAGGCUUUUAAAUUUUGGAAUUUCAAAUGAAUUUGGCUUGGUAAUCUAAAGAGACACCGUUGUUUGGUGUCUUUUACUGCAGGAAAUAUCUAUCUAUCUCUCCAUCUUUUAAAAGCUUUGCCAAUUCAGAAUGAAUAUAUUAUUACUUGUGAUCUGUAUCAACUGGUACUUAACUCACAUCACCUCAUGCUCCCCAAAAAGUCCUGGUCUGCAAAUCAACAUAAUUGUAUUCUUACCAUUUCUCUCAACAUUCAUUGUAUCUGUAGUACCAACUGCUGGUUUUCUUGUGCUUCAGUAAAGCAAAUACCUCUUCUAAUAUGAUGGCUACACAGUGAAAGGCAUCCCAGCUUCCUCUCUAGAAAUCUUUUAUAGCUUGAGAGUGUAUAGAUUUUACUCAGGGACCAGUCAGAGAGCUCCAUCAGUGGCAGCUCUAAACAAUGAGUUUUCUUUGCACAGCUUCAGUCUUGUCAACACUGAAAUGGAAUUAAAAUUGAGUGGCUCUACUCAUUGGCUCUUUUCAGAAUCAGUCUUAUCCAUUGACAUCCAUUAAGUAAAAGACUCCAGAUUGUCCCAAUUAUUAGUAGAAGUAGAAAGAAAGAAUUCUGUUCAAAACUAUUUCCUUGAUAUUGUUAGGAUUCAGUAUAAUCAAGUGAAACCUGUUGUCUGCUACCCAAAAGAAAUUUUGGAUAACCAAGCAGGAGGAAUUUGGAAAUGGAGGAAAAACAUCUCCUCAUUGUUUCUUAAGGAUUAAAGGAUGAUCAAAAGAGAUGUUUCUCAGUGUUGAAGACUGCUUCAUUCAAAGAAUGUUGGAUACAUUUGGAAACAUUUAUAAUACUGUGAGUCCUUUUGUUAACUUUGCAAAAAUAUUGAAAGACUCAGUGUGCUGCAUGUAUGCAUGCUUAUUCACUGAUAAGGGUAAAAAAAUUCCCACUGUUUCCUAACUGAUAAUAUAUUUACAAUAAACACAUACAGCCUUUUUACA